UUCUGCAACCAAAGUUCUGAUUGCCAAGCACUAUGAAAACUAUAACAAUCUGCCUAUUGCUGAUCGUGGGCGGCACCUGCCUGCUAAGCACGAAUGCCAACGCAACUGCUGGCGAUUCAACUAACUUCGAGGACAUAGAUCUGGACACUUUGAUUGCUGAGUUGGAUGACGAAUAUGUGGAUGUUCAGGAGUAUGGCUUCAUCAGAUCGGUGCGCAAAGUGCUCAGGAAGGCGCUGAAAUCAAUCCGUGGCGUCAACUGCAUUGUAAAGGAGGUAACUGAGAUCCUGACCGCCGCCACCGACUACGUGGAUGCUGUUGACGCUUGCGGCACAGCCGUGCCCAAGGAUGUGGCUGCAAUUGUCAAGUCAUGCAAGGACAUCAUAACCAUCUGCAACAAUAUUAUCCAUUUGAACAGCCAGUUGUGUAGCACCGAUGACACCGAUUCAAACCAAAUGUCCUCCAAGAAGUGCACUUAUCAGCUGUUCAAGGCAACCAUGAAACUCGCUAGAAAAAUCAACACCACUCUUAAGCAGAUCGCCAAAUUGCCCUCCGAUACGAGCUCCUGCUUUGGAACUGCUACGAACCAGUUGAAGGAGACCUUUAACAAUUUCUUGCCCAAUAUCAACGCUUGCAUCGAUGAUAUGUGAAUGUAAUAAAAAUAAAUAUUCAACUAUUAAUUGCAAUCUUAAA